CUAUGUAAAAGUUCAAAAAAACAUGCGAAAAACUACAGUAACCUUAUUAUUUUUGAUAUUUUUUAUUCAAAUUUCUGAAAUUCUGACUCUACCUAUCAAUUAUGGUGCAUCGUUGAACUCUGUACACUCGGAUGACCUGAGUGCUGAGGAUUAUCAAGUUUUGAGGAAAAAUGAGACAAAAAUUGAAAGAAUCCACAGAAUUCAGCAAUUUUUCAAAGCGGAGCACCACGAAUCCACGUGGCGAGACUCGAUUUGCAGUGCAUUCCACUCGUUUUCACUGUUCCCGCCAAACUGCUUUGCGGCUCCGCCAAACGACAAAUAAAUCGAUAUUAUUGAUUUAUGAAAUGACAUGAUUUUUUUCUACGACGCACAAUAAAUUUUUGUGAUUUUCUG